AAAGAAACAAAAUCGAAAUUUCGCAUAUUUAUAUUAAGUACACAAAAAUAUCAUGGAUAAUCAAGCAGUUGCGGCGAUCUGGUCCUGCGCCAGUGCCACCUGUUUGUCCCUGGAUGCCAAACGCCACAGCGUGGAGACCAACAACAAUGACAGGCAGGCUCCGCCUGGACUCAACAACAACAUCAACAACAACAACAACAACAACAAUAACAACAAAUCAACGGCAGUUGAUGCGGAUCCUCGAAAGUUGCGGCACAUUACGCAUACGCCGCGUGGCAGCUGCUUUAUGGCGCUUCUGUUGCUUUUGCUGCUGGCGCUGAACUUUAGGCACGCGCACAGCUGCGGUCCAGGCCGGGGCCUGGGACGACGCAGGGAGCGCAAUCUGUAUCCGCUGGUGUUGAAGCAAACUGUGCCAAAUUUGUCGGAAUAUAUGAGCGGCGCCUCUGGCCCGAUCGAGGGCGUCAUUCAGCGCGAUUCGCCCAAUUUCAAGGAUCUAGUACCAAACUACAAUAGGGAUAUAAUAUUCAGAGACGAGGAGGGCACCGGUGCCGAUCGCCUAAUGUCCAAGCGCUGCAGAGAGAAAUUAAAUACGCUGUCCUACUCUGUGAUGAACGAAUGGCCUGGCGUUCGCCUGCUGGUCACCGAAAGCUGGGACGAGGAUCAUCAGCAUGGCCAGGAGUCGCUGCACUAUGAGGGACGUGCGGUCACCAUUGCCACCUCGGAUCGCGAUCAAUCCAAAUACGGCAUGCUGGCGCGGUUGGCCGUCGAGGCUGGCUUCGAUUGGGUGUCCUAUGUCAGUCGCCGGCACAUCUACUGCUCCGUCAAAUCAGAUUCCUCGCCUUUCAUUUCGCAUGUGCAUGGCUGCUUCACGCCCGAGAGCACAGCCUUGCUGGAGAGCGGCGCAAAGAAACCUUUGAGCGAGCUAGCCAUUGGAGAUCGUGUGCUGAGCAUGAACGGCAAGGGUCAAGCCGUCUACAGCGAAGUCAUACUCUUUAUGGACCGCAAUUUGGAGCAGAUGCAGAACUUUGUUCAGCUGCACACGGAUAGCGGUGCGGUGCUGACUGUGACGCCCGCGCAUCUGAUCACAGUCUGGCAGCCGGAGCGACAAGCGCUUGACUUUGUCUUCGCGGACCGGGUCGAGGAGCUUAACUAUGUGCUGGUGCAUGAUGCAGCGGGCGAGCUGCGCCCACAUCGUGUUAUCCGGGUGAGCAGCGUGCGCAGCCGCGGCGUUGUUGCGCCGCUCACGCGCGAAGGCACCAUUGUGGUGAAUUCCGUGGCCGCCUCCUGCUACGCCGUCAUCAGCAGCCAAUCGCUGGCGCACUGGGGCUUGGCGCCCAUGCGGCUGUUGUACACGCUACAAUCCUGGAUGCCAGCCAAGGGCCAGCUGCGCAACGCGCAGGACAAAUCGACGCCAAAGGAUGCCACGGCGCAGCAACAGAAUGGCCUGCACUGGUAUGCCAAAGCGUUAUACAAGGUCAAGGACUAUGUGCUUCCGCAGAGCUGGCGUCACGAUUAGCCAAGCAGCAGCAGCAGCAGCAAGAGCAGGAGCAGGAGCAGGAGUCCCCCAGCCAUUUAAUACACUUAUGCAGUUCCACAUGCCGACGUAGACGUCAGAUUCUUUGGCCGCCGCCGACGCCGCGUUAAGCGCUAAUUGUAAUAUAUUUUGUAGUUAUGUAUGUAUAUGCCUAAAGAUUAUUGUAUUUCAAUGUUAAUUGCGAUUAAUGCUGCUUAAUACUAUUUAUUUAUGACGAACGAAAGCAAAGUGCAGAAUGCUGUUGAAAAUAUCUAUGACAUUUUUUGUAAACGAACAUUUAGCUAUAAGUAGGCAAUCCUUGGCAGAUAUCCUAAAGCCGCAACCAAUUCUUGAAGCGACGAUCAUGACGACUGUUGUAUAUUUUAAAAUAAUAAUGCAUAUUUAUUAAAGUGCGGAGUG